AUGGGUUGGGGAGACUCGGCGGCGGCGCCGUUGCUGGAGAAGACGUCGGCGGCGGUGGAGCAGCAGUCGUCGUCGUCGUCGGUGGCCGCGGAGGCGGAGGGCGAGUACGACUACGUGGACGGGUGCCCAGGGUGCGCCGUGGACCGUCACAAGGCGGCCAACCCGGGCAUCCCCUACGCCAGCUUAAUCUACGUCUGGACCGUCACCCUCUGCACAAGUACGUCUUGUAUUUUAUGGUGUGUGUAA